AUGGACGUCUCCCCAGCCACUGUGCCCCCUGGCCCCGGGAAGACCCUGAAGAAGCAGUGGCUGGAAGUAGUGGGCGUCUUCCACUAUGUGUUUUCUUUUCUGUUCCUAGUCCCUUUCGCCAUGGUUCUUCUCUUCUUCCUCCUCUUCACACGGCUCUGGACUCUGUCUGUUCUCUACAUGAUGUGGCUGUACGUGGACCGGGACACACCUAGCCAAGGGGGAAGACUGUUUGUGUGGACAAGGACCUGGGCUAUCUGGAAACACCAAAGGGAUUACUUUCCUAUCAAGCUGGUGAAGACAACAGAGCUGCCCCCCAGCCAGAACUAUGUGCUGGGAUCCCACCCCCAUGGCAUCAUGAGUAUUGGAGCCUUCUGUAACUUCACCACCGAGUGCAAUGACUUCUCCCAGCUCUUCCCGGGGCUGCAGCCCUGGCUAGCCACACUGGCCGGCCUCUUCUACCUUCCAGUCUUCCGAGACUACAUCAUGGCUGGUGGAUUACGGCCCGUGAGCCGGCGCAGCCUGGACUUUGUGCUGUCUCAACCCCAGCGGGGCAAAGCGGUGGUCAUUGUCAUCGGGGGUGCCCAGGAGUCCCUGUACUCGGCCCCUGGGCGGCACUACCUCGCACUCAAAAGACACAAGGGCUUCGUGCGCCUGGCGCUGAGACAUGGGGCCUCCCUGGUGCCUGUGUACUCCUUUGGGGAGAACGAUUCCUUCAAAGGUAUGAAUUUCUCCAAAGGCUCCUGGCAGUACGUGUGCCAGGUCAUCUUCAAGAAGAUUGUUGGUUUUCCUCCCUGUGUCUUCUGGGGCCGUGGUCUCUUCUCGCCCAACUCCUGGGGUCUGCUGCCCCUGCCCGUGCCCAUUACCACCGUGGUGGGCGGCCCCAUCCCCGUGCCCCAGUGCGGCAGCCCCAGCCAGGAGCAAGUUGACCACUACCACAGGCUCUACAUGGACGCCCUGGAGCGGCUGUUUGAGGAGCACAAGGAGAGCUGCGGGGUCCCUGCCUCCACCCGCCUCACCUUCCUCUAG